GGCAUUGGAAAGAGAGGCGCCGUGCCCGCGCUUUACGUGUCUGGUUCGUGUACUGACAGCCAGCUGUGCGAUUAUAACGACAACAAUCUCUGGGAUUUGAUCAAUCCAGCCAUCAAACUCGACCCGUAUUGUUAGGGAAGAACACUUUUACUCGACAGAUAUUUUUUUAAUCGUCUAAUUUAUCCAGCUAGACAGCAUUCCUCAAACAUGAAUCCGUCGUGUGGCAGAUGUGGCACAAUCGUGUACCCCACGGAAAAAGUGAACUGUCUGGACAAGUACUGGCACAAAGGAUGCUUCAGCUGUGAGAUCUGCAAAAUGACUCUAAACAUGAAGAAUUACAAAGGCUUUGAAAAGAGACCAUACUGCAAUGCACACUACCCCAAGACAAACUUUACCUGCGUGGCCGACACUCCCGAGAACCUCCGCCUCAAACAGCAGAGCAAGAUGCAGAGCCAGGUGCAGUACAAGGAGGAGUUUGAGAAGAACAAAGGGAAAGGUUUCAGUGCUGUGGCCGACACGCCAGAGAUGCAGAGAAUCAAGAAAACACAGGACCAUAUCAGCAACAUUAAGUACCACGAGGAGUUUGAGAAGAACAGGAUGGGAGGAGAAAUCCCAUCUCCCCAGCCCAACAGCCCCAAUCCAGUGUUCCAGCAGCCCUACCAGCCCCCUGCUGCGUCUAAGAACUACAACUAUGAGCCAGCAGCGGCUUCUGGACCGGUCCGCCAGGCGGCUUCUGGACCAGUCCGCCAGGCGGCCGCCGUCCCCCCUCCCAGCUCCGGGAAGCGGUACCAGGCGGUGUAUGACUAUGCUGCAGCCGAUGAGGACGAGGUGGGCUUCCUGGAGGGAGACGUGAUCGUAGACGCGCAGGUGAUCGACGAGGGCUGGAUGUACGGCCGUGUGGAGCGCACUGGCCAGCAGGGCAUGCUGCCUGCUAACUACGUAGAGGCCAUCUGAUCUGAGAAAGAGAAGUGGGGAGGGGGGGAAGAGAGAGAAGGAGGGAGGGAGAGAAGAGAAUGAAAAGCUAGUGCCAUCUCAUCUUAAUGCCGCUUUCUUUCACUCUUGUUCUCUGAUCUGACCUGUAAGACCCCCCCCCCUUCCUCCCCAAUCUCCCUCCCCUCCCAACCCCCCCUGGUGUACCCCUGGUCUGCUCUCCUCCAACGACAGACUCCCUCUGUCUGUCUCUCUGUCUGUGCUGCCGUCUGUCUGUCUGUUUGUCUGCCUGUCUCUGUCCCAAUUCUUCAGUCCACUAUAAGUGCUGUCACAAGUGGAAUUUAAGUCUUACAGAAGUAACAUACCUCCAUCUUACAGGCUAUAUAUACGUCAGGGGUCAUACAGUGUAUCACAACUCGAUCCUAGCUACAGCACUUCAUAUUCCAGCAAACUAUGAUGCAAAACGAUAUUAACCCUUCCCCCACCUUGUCAAUCAAGUUGCCAUGACAGCAGAGAACUGCCUCAAAGUGGGCAUGAGAAAAUGAGUUUGGAAUGUGGGUGUGGCAUCUUCAGAAGGUUUUUUUGUUUCCUUUUUCAUUUACAUUUUUGCAACAGGCUGAAAUUGGCCUGACUGGAAUUUCAGUGUAGAAUCUUACUGUAUCUGGGCAGUUAGAACGAAGCUUGAAUAUUUGACUUGUGUACAUUCCAUUAACCCUCAAUACCCCAUUGUUGUCGCAUCAGCCAGUCAGUGAGCAGUCAGUGAGCAUUCUACAGUAUCAGUCUUACCAGAGAGGUCUUAUAUAUUUCUAUAACUACACAUACACAUUUAUCAAUAUUACACUUAUCUGUGCCCUCACCUGUCUUACCCUGUCCUGCACUGCAUUGUGGGUAUUGUUCUGAAACUAAACUGGAAUCCUAUCUUAACUGAAGAGCACCUCCUGCCCUUGCCUUGUACCUCCAGUUCAGGCAUUUUAAGUACAGGAGGGAUCAGGGACGAGUUAGUUAGGGGACAUGGUUACAGUCUUCUUACAAUCACACUCGCCAUGUCAUCACCUUAGUCAGUGGGUGUGAAGAUAUUCCUCAUUCUUGGCUGUCUCCCGCUCGCAGCCUCAAAUUCCUUCUGACAGUUACAGAAAGAAGAGUGAUGUAAUGGUGGUUAUGGUUGGGGAGGAGAGGGGGUGGGAUCAGGCCAGGCCCCGACCCUAUUCCAAGAGAACCAACAUCCGAGUUGACCAAUUGUAAGCGCGAAGGCCAAACACAAUUCUCAAAACUAUUCUGUAUUGUGAUUGUAAAAAAAAAAAAUGUAAUUCCAUUUAUUUUGUGAUUGAACAUUCCAAUCCUUAGUUAUGAGAAGUGUUGAACUGAGGUCAAAAAUCCUGGCUGUGGUAAAUAUUAUUUUUGUUUCUAUCUCAUAUCAAGCUGUUUUUUUUCCUUUGCUUUUGUUGGUAUUGUAAGAGGCUUAUUUUAAAACUGUCAAUGUAUCAAAUACAUUUAAGAAAUAAAACGGCAACUCGA